AUGCUCCGUUUGACGCGUCUGGGACUUGUGGCGGCGCUGCUGCUGGUCUUCCUUGCCGUAUUGUCGGUGUCUGCUGAAGAGGGCACCGUCACCUACUACGGCCAGCUGCGGUUGCCGCCAACCUACCUGCGUCACCCUGACUGCUUCGAGGCUCUCAACGACAUCCAGCCGGGGAGUGUGCUGCUAUACAAUGGCAAGCACCGGUUUGUCGUACCCACAGCCCGUGACGGCACCUUCAGCGUGUACAAGCUGCCGUACGGCACAUACAUCUUGCAGGCGGAGUACCACUACUUCGUGUUCCCGACCGUGCGCGUCGAGGUCAUGUACCGCGACACCGGCGACGACCAGAAAGAGACCUUCAUCCGCACCUCGGCGAACGACUACCCUGUGCGCCACCUCGAGGGCAGCGGGCUCGACGAGGAGAGCCCUGCGGUGAUCCCCUUCUCUGGGUAUCACAACUACUACAUCCCCCGCCAGCAGAUGGAUAUCGUGAGCCUUCUCAAAAGCCCCAUGGUGAUUAUGUUGCUCAUCUCGGUGUCGCUGAUGGGCCUCAUGAAGCUGUUUCCUGAGGAGGAGAUUCGUGAGUCGCAGAAGAUGACACGCGAGUGGCAGAGGAAGCUGGUGAAAAGCGUGUCGACCGACAAGGCUGGCGCCAAGCCGAAAACCAUCACCAAGUAG